AAAAAAGAAAAAGAGUUCCAAGAGGCGAGAACUCAAAGGCUGGGGUUUAGGGCUUUUCUUUCCUUCUCUCAUCCCUCUACACAGAAGAGUGAAAUGGAGAGAGGGAUGAGAGGGACACAGCUUUCCUUGAACCAGACCCAGAAGGUUCGGUUACAGAGAGCUCUCGAACAGCUCGAAUCUCUGUCUUCCAAAGUCAAUUCCAAUGCCUCCGUAACAGUCGCUGAUUCCAUCCCCGUCAACUACGAAGAUGGCGUCCUCAAAGGACACGGAACCUCAGAGCUCAACGGCGAAGUUGUCGCGACGGUUUGCGGCGUCGUCGAGCGAGUGAACAAGCUGGUCUACGUCCGUGCUUUGCGCGCCAGGUACAAGCCAGAGGUCGGAGAUAUCAUAGUUGGGCGUGUCGUUGUGGUUGCUCCCAAGCGUUGGAGAAUAGAGAUAAAUUAUAGCCAGGAUGCAGUUUUGAUGCUUUCUUCAAUGAACUUACCUGAUGGUAUCCAGAGGCGCCGAACUGCUCUAGAUGAACUCAACAUGCGCAGCAUUUUUGAAGAGAAUGAUGUUAUUUGCGCUGAAGUUCGCGGCUUUCAACAUGAUGGUUUACAUCUCCAAGCAAGAAGCCAAAAGUAUGGAAAGCUUAAAAGGGGUCAAAUGCUCACAAUCCCUCCUUAUCUAGUGAAGAGACGGAAGCAACAUUUCCAUCAUUUAGAACAGUUUGGGAUCGAUUUGAUACUUGGCUGUAAUGGAUUCAUCUGGGUUGGUGAACAUGUCGAAGCCACAGAUGAUAUGUUGGAAGAACAAGUGAACAAGACUGAACAACAAAUCACCAAAUCUGAUAGAAAUUCGGCUAGUCUGGAAGAACAAGAACAGAGUUCCAUCCCAUUAGAAACAAGACAGAGCCUAUGCAGAACGGCAAAUGCAGUUCGCGUGUUGUCUACUUUGGGCUUCAUUGUUACUAUAGAAGUGAUACUAGAGACGGUAAACUUGAGUAGUUCUUUGAAUCUUGACGUUCAUGAAAUGCUUGGUUCAGAGUUUUGUGUUUUGGUUGCUGAGAAAGAGGCUGAACGGAGAACCUUGAACAAAAAGAAGAGAUGAUGAGAUGGGAACGUUUUGGCAUCCCGAUUGCAAACCAAGUUUUUGUUUUUGUUUUUUGUUUUUUGUUUUUUGUUUUUUGGGUUUAGCUAACUAACUUUAUUAUAUUAGAAAGGUGUUUUUUGUUUUUUGUUUUUUUGUUUUGUUUUUUUUUUAACUUACCUCUAUGACAGCUAAAUUGCAAAUGAAAUCGCAUUAUUUGGUUUGUAGUUUAUUUGCUAAAUUGUAGACAUGCGUUGCACGGUCUGUAAAACAGUAAUUAAGAAUAAAUCAUGAAACUAGCAAACAAUGCACGAAAUG